GAACCCGGAACUAGCCAGCUUGUUGUGAGUUGUCGCGGUGGCUGCUUUACCUUUGCUUGUUCCAUUUUCCUCCUGGCUUUAGAUGGCGGGCUCUGUGGGCCCGGGCCGGACCGGACCGGGACUCUGGUCGUCGGUGCUGCUCCUGAUGAUGCUAACGGGGCUAAGGGGGCCGGCCAGUGCCGUGUCUGAACCCGGGAAGUGGAUCCUGGACGUCAACAGUGAAACUCUGAAGAAGCCGACCCUCUUCUUCUUCACUAAAACUCUCUUCAACAGCAGCUACAUCCACCUCAAAUUGUUGUCAGAGACCUGCAACGACCCCUCUCCUGUUCAGCUAAACGUGUCGUGGUAUCUGAGGAACUCACACUGCUACGAUGAAGUCCUCGGCCUGGAUACAAAGCGUGCGCAGAAUUACUUCAAUUCGACAAAGGUGAUACCAGGAGGAGGAAACGGAUACUACAUGUUUCACCAGUAUCCUCCAAUCAGCUGCAAGCAAAACAUGAAGCCUAACACGUUCGGCCUGGAUGCGCUGCCGGUGAAAACGCGUCUGACAGAACUGCCGCAGGAACCAGCCGCUCCAGUGAAGAAGGAAGAAGCUUCAGCAGAAACAGGAAAAGCUGCAGCUCCUUCUAAAAAGGUGACCACAGAGAAGACUCCGGGUGGGUUGAGGAGGAGAGAGGUGGCUCCACCCCAACCAAAGGCCGCUCCAGUGAAGAAGGAAGAAGCUUCAGCAGAAACAGGAAAAGCUGCAGCUCCUUCUAAAAAGGUUGCUGCUCCGUCUCACUUGGAUGUGGUGGCUGAGAGCUGGGAGGACGGCCCGUACAUGUUCAUCCUGAGCAUCGCAGAAAUCAAAGACCCAAAGAGUCGAGCCCCCAACCCCGCCAGCUCUGCUAACAAUGCUAAUCCACCUGCAUCCUGGAGUCUACAGUUUCAGAUCAGCAUGACGGGUCCUCAUGAGUACAUAUCGGCCUCUGAAUGGCCUCUGAUGCUGUUCUACAUGGUGAUGUGCAUCGUGUAUGUGCUGCUGGCCGUGCUGUGGUUGGUUCUGUCGGCAUGUUACUGGAGGGAUCUGCUCAGGAUCCAGUUCUGGAUCGGAGGAGUCAUCUUCCUGGGCAUGUUGGAGAAAGCGGUGUACUACGCCGAGUUUCAGAGCAUCAGAUACGACGGCCUGUCAGUUCACGGCGCGGUGGUGUUCGCUGAGGUCCUCUCUGCUGUGAAGAGGACGCUGGCCAGAGUGUUGGUGAUCAUCGCCAGUCUGGGAUACGGCAUUGUUAAGCCCAGACUCGGCGCUUUGCUCCACCGAGUUGUCGGAGUCGGUCUGCUCUACUUGAUCUUCUCCAUCGUGGAGGGGAUCCUACGAGUCAACGCUGAUGGCGGUGACACCACCAGCAUUAGACUUACUGACAUUGUCCUGGCCUUCACUGACUCCCUUAUUUUCUGGUGGAUCUUUGUGAGUCUGGCUCAGACGAUGAAGCUGCUGAGGCUGAGGAGGAAUGUGGUGAAGCUCUCUCUCUACAGACACUUCACCAACACGUUAAUCUUCGCUGUCAUCGCAUCGGUCAUCUUCAUCAUUUGGACCACCAAGACCUUCAAGAUGUCCAAGUGUCAGUCUGACUGGAGGGAGCUGUGGAUAGACGAUGCCUUCUGGCGCUUCUUGUUUUCCAUCAUCCUAUUGGUCAUUAUGUUCCUAUGGCGACCGUCAGCCAAUAACCAGAGGUAUGCUUUCAGCCCUCUGUUGGAUGAAGAGAGCGAGGAAGAGGAGAAGGAGCCCAUGAUGAACGAGGCCUUUGAGGGGAUGAAAAUGAGGGGGAUGAAAAAUGAGACCAACGGGACGGCCAAAGCCAACAAAGUGGAUGAGGAUCUGAAGUGGGUUGAAGAGAACAUCCCGUCAUCUAUGGCAGAUGUAGCUUUACCCCCUCUGCUGGACUCAGAUGAGGAAACCAUGACGACUAAAUUUGAGAUGUCCAAGAUGGAGUGAAGAAGAAGAGGAAUGAGUGAUUAGAAGAAAGAUGAAGCAGUAUGACUGACAGAUAAAUAACACAGAUGUAUAUUUGUGGAUUUCUAAAGAAGAAGAACUGAUUGAUUGCACUUGUUUGGACGGACUGAUGGAUGAAAGAACCCAGGUGGAGGUGAGACGGAGGCGUAGGUGUGUGAUUAAAUCCCUGAAGUUAUGAGCUUUGUAAGCCUUGAUUGUACAUACACUGGGAGUCGAAUCGAUCACAGCGCCACACAGAUCCUUUUAUUUUUCUUUUUAUUGCCUGUUUGUAUUUAUAUUUCUAUAUAUACAGUAUAUUUUGACAGAUUUGAUGUUAAUGAGGUUCUCUGCUAUGAAGCGGCUCUUUUUGCCUUUUCUCUGUUUACAUGUUGAAUUGUGAUUUUCAGAUCGUCUCGUCAGACGUUUGCGUUUUCACUGUUGCACUAACAAAAGCGCUCGUUGUCACAGCUGUUUUGUUUUUACUUCCACCUGUCGAGCAACUUCCUUUGGAUCCUUUUAAAAAGUAAAAGUGGAGGCUAAAAUAAGAAACCAUUGUUGCAAAUGGAAGAAAUAUUUACUUUUCAUUCUUCGCUGUUGUUUUGUGUCCGUCUGAAACGUGUUGCUGAAAGUUUUGGCCACAAAGAAUGACAGACUGGCUGAUCAUCACAUUUUCUGGCAGGCGUACACGCGUCUACUUCUGGAGAAUCUUUGUGAGCUAAUUGGCUUUAAAGAAAACCCCCAAAUAAAAGCAUUUGCAUCACUGUGGAUGUUAAUGUGCUUUCUGAAGAGGUGUGGUCCCUCAGGGGUUAAAAAGGUAGAGGAAAUGUUACUGUCACACAUUAGUGUGUUUACAUGCACAGUGUAGUGGAGCUAAGGUUAUACCUGGAUUAGGAAAUUUAACUGGACUGCUGCUGUUCUCCCUGUGUGCAAACACAGGAGGAAAAAUAUUUCACUGAUGGAAGCACAUCCCACUCUGCUCUGCCAGCUUCACAAACAGCUGACUGGGUUUAAGUCACUCUUUUCAUGGCCUAAGCUGUCCUGUAGAAACAAAUACAGGAAGUUUUGUGCCUCUAGCUCAGCUCAUGGUGAUUUCUAAAGGCAGAAGACACAGAGACUUCUACGAAGCUCCACAUGUAUGAUAUUUGACCUCCGUGUCAGAGCCCAGCAUGGACGCUGUGGAGCAUGUGCAGAGUGCCUGGUCCAGUUUGGGUCUGAUUAAAGGCGUGUACAUGAAAGUCUAAUCAUUCUCCAGCACUUCUCACUUUAAUGUAAGAAUUCCAACUUCAAUCCUAUAAUUUAGACAUUAAUCUUGGAGUUCCGACUUUCAUCUCAGAAUUCCUAAUUUUUUUCCUAUAAUGCUGACUUUGAUCUCAGAAUUCUGACUUUUUUUCAGGUUUCUAUUUUUUUUUUUUUUUUGGAAUUGAAAAAAAAAAAAAAAAAAGUUCUUUUAGUUGGCCCUGAUCUCCUUCCAUAUAUUUGCACACUAUUUAGUUACCCACGCCGAUUAAAUCGACAGGGGUUAUGUGAAGGGUUCCCUGUCUUUGUUUGUUUGUUUGUGUACAAGAUAACUCAAGAACGGAAAGUCAGAUCUUCACCAAACUUUCAGGGAAUAUUGGGAUAGUGACAGGGAAGAAUCAGUUAGAUUUUGGUGAUGAUCCAUACACCUGUUUGGUUUUUCUCGGACUUUGAAUUUUGAACACCAUAGUAAUCAAUGGGAGCGUGAGUUCCUCGGGGGGGCUGCUUAGGCGUGGGCCUGCCGCCUCAGACAGCUAUUCUAGUUGUCCAUGUUUUCCAGCCAGAAUGAGAAUUCCUCUAACAUCAGGAAAAGGUCCAUCUAAAUCUGGAAGAAGCCUAGUCUCUGCAGAAUUUAAUAGCAUAAUUAAAUCCAAACCAAAGUUAUAAUCAGACAGAGCUCCUGGAGCUUUAAUCUCGGGGUUAAAGGCGGUGAACGACGUUGUUUGAGUUUUUUGUUCAUGGACAGAGACUCCAUGUGAGGUGGUAUGAAGUCACAUCAGACCCCCCCCACGUCUGAAAGAAUCCCUAAACGUGGCCGACUUCAAGACAAAGACAGAAAAUACUCCUCAGCCUUUUCUCUGCUAGAUCACACAUCACCACUCUGCAUUAGAAAUCAUUUCUCCAUGCUGUGACAGCAGCCAUUACUGCUCUCAGUGGCCCAUACUGCCUGCAGCAGCCAUGAGUGUAUAGGUGUGUAUUUAUAUGAGCAUAUUCACAACAAUGCAUGUGUGUUUGGGCCGUUUAAUGUUGACUGUUCUGAAUGGAGUAAACGUUCUUUACAUCAUGCUCUACAGCCGCGGGGGAAAAUCCUGUCGGCUCUGCUCGCUGUUAUCUGCAACAUCACAUGCAAUGUUUUCUGCUCCUGCCAGGCAAUUAUGGUUGGCCUGAUUAUUAUUUUCUCAUUAAUUGUUAUCUUUAACUCUGAUUAUCUGCAGACUCUAUUUGAUUCAGUGUUUAUAAAACAUAAUGGACUGCAGCUGCAUCAGAAUAAGAGUACGGGUCCAGAUUAGGAUUACUCCUGAUGUGUCUGACAGCUAGGACUGACGUCUCUUUAGUUGGAGCCACUAUACAUUACGCUGACUACACCAUCUUAGUUACGAUGGUCACUGUAUCAGAUUAGACGACCACCCUGUGCCAUGAAUUCACCCACAGACGGGACGGUCUACAUGGAGGUUUCCGACCAAUCCUCUUAGACUGGAAUGAGGCUGAAGCUCAACAUAAACCGAACAUUACAGCAAACAUGAUUCUGGGUCCGUGUCCACAGCAGGGGUACGCCAUCAGACCAUUUUAGAUCAUGAAGAAACUGAAAGUAUCAACAACCUGCCAAAGCUGAGGAGUUGGGGAAUCCUGUUCUAGUUGUACAGAUCUAUAGUCCUCUCUCUCUGCUCCCAGACCACGAGGAUGCAUGUCAAAAACCGAAACUUUACAGUUGGUCAUUGAAAGGAAGAUGCAGAAGUUUAAAAACAGGGAUCUGGCAGCAGACAGGAAUUAAAAGCCUCCUUCUAAAAUCUGAACGAGCGGAGUCAAACAACACUUAUGUAUGAUCCGUUUCCACAAAGCAGUCUGGUUUGGUUCAGUCCAGUUCUGUCCUGGUUUAGCAUUAAUAUGGGAAAUCCAUCUCUGUUUAGAGAUCCAGAUCUCAGUAGAGCUGGUUGCCCUUAUUUGGUCCCAGUUUGUUUUGUAAAUGUGGAUUAAAUAAGGACAAAGAAUGGAGGAAAGGAAACUGGCACUCAAACAGGAGCUGGCUAUAGUGGCUCACAUAGGCAUGUAUGACACAUCAUCACUCAGUCUCUUACUCCACAAGGUUUAUUUGGUUGAUAGUCCAUAACUGUUUAAUUUCAAGCAUGUUUGUGACUAAAAAUGGAUUAUUUAUAUGUUAAAGUGGCUCAGCUAGCCUCUAAGCUCAGUCCUAGACUCCUCUUGACUCUGGUCUCCCUUCAUAUGGCUGGGUGAUGCUAGGAGGUCUGCAGGACUAAGACUUUGUGAUAUGGAUUGCCUCCACGCCUGGUUUAACUGGUUAAAAAAAUUCCAAAUGGCUGUCCCCCACUUCCUGACCCCGAGCAGACAUUCAAGAUCACAUGAUCACAAACACCUUAUAUGGAACGGCUUUGUUUUUCUGAGCUGUCAGGGUGCAGAAACAGUUUUUGCCCAAUCUGCACAAAGUUUGCAGACUGGAUGAUCUCAAGAUCCUAACUGAGCUGCACAGGCCAUUAAUGUAAGACUUCUACAUUAGGCAGCUUGUGUUCCAGUACCUGGUGAAAAGACAGCACAGUAUUUAGACCAGUGAUACUCAAUGCAUGGCUCUUUGGUGAUGGUUUGUGGCUCCUUCAUGUCUCAAUUUGAAACAUAAUUCCCACAGAAAAUCUUAGAAAUAGGAAACUUUGACCUCAGAAAUUAUCCAUUGCAAGUCACAUUAAUCAGUUUAGUUCACACACUUAUACAGUUGGCUUUAACUACCAACCUUUAUUUCUUAGUCUGUAUAUUUCCAUUGCCCUUAUUUGCAAUUUUAGCCAAUUUCUUCUCCAAUUUUUUACCACUUAUAAGCCGUUUUCACUGCUUUAAGUCUGCUUUUGCCACUCCUUUUGCCACUUUUUCACCAG